UCAAACUCCAGUAGGUGUACAGCCAGGAAGGAAUCAUACGGAAAAUACAUCAUCGAUAUGUCUAUCAACAUUACAACUCAAUCUUCCGUGAGGGAGAUCACCAAAAUGGAGAGGAUCGGUGCCCACUCUCACAUUCACGGGCUCGGUCUGGACGACAACCUCGAACCUCGAAUGUCCUCUCAGGGGAUGAUCGGUCAGGGUCCCGCUCGACGAGCUGCCGGGAUUAUCUUGAGGAUGGUGCAAGAGGGGAAGAUCGCCGGUCGAUCCAUCUUGAUGGCCGGACCACCUUCGACGGGAAAGACUGCCAUCGCCAUGGGCAUGGCACAGACUUUGGGCAAGGAUGUGCCGUUCGUCUCUCUCGCUGCGAGUGAGAUUUACAGUUUGGAGAUGUCUAAGACCGAGUCCCUGACGCAAGCAUUCCGAAGAGCCAUCGGUGUGCGAAUAAAGGAGGAGACCGAGAUCAUUGAGGGAGAGGUCGUUGAGAUUCAGGUGGACCGAUCGGUGACAGGGGCCACCAAGACCGGUCGACUAACGCUCAAGACGACGGAUAUGGAGACUGUAUACGACCUUGGAACCAAGAUGAUUGAUCAGCUGACAAAAGAAAAGGUCCUGGCCGGGGACGUCGUCCAGAUCGACAAGGCUUCGGGAAGGAUCAUUAAGUUGGGACGAAGUUAUGGACGAGCGAGGGAUUACGAUGCUUUGGGCGCGGAUACCAAAUUCGUUCAAUGUCCCGAUGGAGAGUUGCAGACGAGGAAGGAAGUGCAGCAUACAGUCUCGUUACACGAGAUAGACGUGAUCAACAGCAAGAGUCAGGGAUUCCUCGCCCUCUUUGCUGGUGAUACUGGGGAGAUCAAGCCUGAGCUUCGUGAACAGAUCAACGGAAAGGUGUCAGAGUGGCGAGAAGAGGGCAAGGCCGAGAUUGUACCAGGGGUGCUAUUCAUCGACGAGGUUCACAUGCUCGAUAUCGAGUGUUUCUCGUUCUUGAACCGUGCUCUGGAAUCGGAGCUUGCACCCUUGGUCGUGAUGGCCUCGAACCGCGGAAUGACGCAGAUCAGGGGUACCAAGUACCAAUCGCCACACGGUAUCCCCCUGGACCUGUUGGAUCGGGUUCUGAUCAUCAGCACGCAAAAGUACUCGGAUGAGGAUAUCAAGGAGAUUAUCCGAGUCCGUGCGGUCGAGGAGGAUGUGACGUUUGAAGACGACGCUCUGGACUCGCUGACAACGAUCGGAGCCACCGCUUCGCUACGAUAUGCGCUCAACCUGAUCGCCCCUAGUUCGCUCUCGGCAACACGAAGAAAGGCUACGGCAGUUGCGGUCGAAGACGUACGGAAUGCAUUCAGGUUGUUUGCAGACACACAGAGAUCGCUGCAGUUCAUCGAGGAACAGCAGGAUUUGAUGAUGUUCGGGACCAAGAUGAUGAACGGGACUGCCGCGCCUGCUGCGGCUACUGAGGCUAUGCAGACGGAUUAGAGAGCGCGGGUCUGCGGCGAAGCCUUUGUUGUAAAUGCAAAUAACAAUAUUGGAACCCAAAUGAUACGAUCGACCGCACGCGGUCACCGCCAGUCAAUCGCUUUGGGCUUUCCGCCACGGAGUCAGAUGGUUCUAGAUUGUUUGUCAACGAACAAACCAAAAUGAGCUCUGCAUCGAAGAUUCGAUGAUUGUUAAACUGAAAUAUUGAAAGCUUCUCUCUGGCUGAGACCUCUCUGGGCCAGCCGAUAGACUAGCUCGUACCGAUACAACGAGGUCCCGUUCGCCCCGUGUUGCGUGUUGCUUGCCGAAGCGUUCAACAAGGAGGACACAGAUCGCGAAGCAAGAGGCCGGAUCAUCGACCCUUCGAAUCCCUGUUGUCAACUUCUCAGUCCGUCAGACGAUCAGAUAUGUUUCGGUUGACUUGUGAGUAGAUGAAAGAUAACAGAGGUAGAACGUAGAUUUAGAAGAUUUGUAUGGCG